GCUCCACUUCUCACAUUCAGUUGAUCUUCGAGCUGUAAUCAUCAUGUCUGGAAGAGGUAAAGGCGGUAAAGGACUCGGGAAAGGAGGCGCUAAGCGUCACCGCAAAGUGUUGCGUGAUAACAUCCAGGGAAUCACCAAACCCGCCAUCCGUCGUCUCGCUCGCCGUGGCGGUGUCAAGCGUAUCUCCGGUCUGAUCUACGAGGAGACCCGCGGUGUGUUGAAGGUGUUUCUGGAGAACGUUAUCCGUGAUGCCGUCACCUACACUGAACACGCCAAGAGAAAGACCGUCACUGCCAUGGACGUUGUGUACGCGCUGAAACGACAGGGACGAACUCUGUACGGCUUCGGAGGAUAAACGACUUGAUUCUCAUCAGACAAACCCAACGGCUCUUUUAAGAGCCACACACACUCUCACAUGAAGAGUCAAUGUUAGAACUGUAGUGAUUUUUAGUUUUAAUCACUUGUUGUAAAUUAUGAGCAAGUUGUACCUUUAGAAAGUUCCAGUAUUUUUGGAAACGGGAAUGAAAGUCACGGGUUAGCUGCAGUUGAUGAAAAAUUAAGACAUCUUCUUUUUCUCCCUGAAUAAACAUGAAUUACCAAAAAUCUGUGCUGUUAGAUUAUUACAUAUUACUCACAUUAUGUUCAAACACAUAAUUAUAGAUUGUUUCUAUG